CAUGGCGGCCUAAACCCAAUGGACAGUAAAACAGCACAGCAGCAGCACUGUCCGACAGCACACGUUGGCUGUUUAAGAGCUGUGCUGGCUGUCCAGUUUCUGUCCACUUCAUGUGGUGCUCCAGGUCACCAUGGGAAAAACCCACCAGAAAGACAAAAAAUGUAAUAAGGAGAAAUCAGGGAGGAAUCAUGAGGAUUCACGCCCUUCACAGAAGUUCACCGAGCCGUUCAGCUGGGAAAUGUACUUGAGAGAGACUUCAUCCUGUCCUGCUUCUCCCAGCUGUUUCAGACAGUCCAGAGUCCCUCCCAGUAAUGAUUUUAAAGUGGGAAUGAAAGUAGAGGCCUGUGACCCGAGGAAUUCCACCUCAAUGUGUAUCGCCACAGUAAUGGGGUUACUGGGCGUGCGUCUGCGGCUCAGACUGGAUGGCAGUGACAGCACCAAUGACUUCUGGCGACUGGUCGACUCCUCUGACAUUCAACCUAUCGGCACGUGUGAGAAGACCGGAGACAUGUUGCAGCCGCCACUUGGGUUCAGAAUGAAUGCCUCUUCAUGGCCCAUGUUCCUAUUAAAAACAUUAAGUGGGGCAGAGAUAGCUCCAGCUUCAGCCUUUAAAAAGGAGCCGCCCAGACCUACUCAGAACUACUUUAAACCUGGUAUGAAAUUGGAAGCGGUGGACCGAAAGAAUCCCUACCUCAUCUGUCCCGCUACCAUCGGAGAGGUGAGAGGGGACAAGAUAUUCAUCACGUUUGAUGGCUGGAGAGGAGCGUUCGAUUACUGGUGUCAGUAUGACUCCAGGGACAUCUUCCCCGUGGGCUGGUGUCAACUGACCAACCACAGUCUACAACCGCCUGGCAACUGCUUCACUUUCCCAAAGACUGUUAUUCCAACACUGGGCCAGUCCAGUCAGCCUUGGCGCUCCAUGCAGUCCCCGUACCGCCUGCCGCACCCACUGCCUCCUUUGCCAGUCCGCAAGGGGGUACGAGGGAGGAGACCCAAGAGCCAGACCAUCGCCAUGCUAAAAGCAGCAGCCGAGGCAGCAGCAGCUGCAACCGGCACGUCGCCGAAUGGCCAAACGCAGUCCAAUGCACCCAAGAGUCCCAUGAGCUCACCGCUCACACCCAAACCAUAUAAAAAGAGAGGACCCAAACCUGGCAGCAAGAGAAAACAAAAGGUUCCUCAUUCACUUUCAAGCCCCACGUUGUCGUCCUCUGUGUCAGACGGGAGACUGUCUAGUCUGCAGACAACAAGAGACUCAGGAGUUGUGUCCACAGUUUGUGUGUAUGUGAACAAACAUGGAGACCCAGGGCCACAUCUGGACCGUAAACUUUUGUUGCAGCUGCCUGAUCAUUUCGGGCCUGGUCCUGUGAACACGGUUCUUCAGCAUGCGGUCCAAGCCUGUGUGGACUGUGCAUUUCAGCCUAAAGCUCUGUUCAGCUUCCUGCAAUCUCAGUCUGAUGGCGGGGAAAUCAUCAGAGUUCGCUCUGAAGGAGGAAUCCACUACGUCAAGCUCCCCACUGCCUCUAGUGCAUCAUUCGUUCUACGCUUUCUAGAAACUCUGUGUCACCACCUGCAUUGCGAUAACCUGUUCAGCAGCCAGCCGUUCAGUCCACUAAGUACUAACACACACAAGGCGUACGAACGGAGCAAAUCAGUGAAAGAGGAGACGUCAGAAGCUUUGUCUGUAGCGAGAGGUACGAGACGUUUCAACAGAGAUUCAUCUGCCUACACUGCUGCCCUGUCCCCAAAACUACAGAGAACAGAAGCUCUGCCCUCGGAUGAAACCAUUGCACAUGCUGAAAAUGGUGCCACCACAGACCAGCAGUUCUCAGAAGUGUCAAUAGACUCUGCCUCCAAUUCCGUUGCCCCCCGGCCCCCACCACUACGUAGCACGUCUGAGUAUCACACCCCGGUCGGAAGCAGCCCGCACUACCCUUCUCACCCCCCACCCCUCCGCAGACUCUCCUCCAACCCCUCUGAGCUGGGACCUACACGCACACACAGACGAGUGGAAGGUAGGCUAUCUGCUAGCUCAACCACUGGGCCUGAUCAAGCAUCAGAAAAGGAUCCGUCCAAAACGUCUAAUAAGAGUCCGUCAUCCUGGAGUAUAGAGGAAGUGAUGCAAUUUGUACGUGACGCUGAUCCACAUGCACUGGGCCCGCAUGCAGAGCUCUUCAGGAAACAUGAAAUUGAUGGCAAGGCCUUGAUGCUUUUACGGAGUGACAUGAUCAUGAAGUACAUGGGGCUGAAACUGGGUCCUGCUCUUAAACUUUGCCAUCACAUUGAGAGACUCAAACAGAUGAAAUAACAGCUGGAACCUCCUGAGCAAAAACAGAGAUGAUCCACUAGAGGGCAACAGAGGAAAACGCAGGUUCACUCGAUUUCAGAGUGGACUUCACUCAAGAUACGUGGAUAUUUAUUACUUGUGACAUUGAUGUCAAAGGUCUAACAUGCUGACCUACUCCACCUGUACUCAUUCUCGCUGGGGGGAAAAACUGAUCAGCCAAAUAUUUUCAUUUUUGUGGCAAAAAACAAAUGCAAAAAUUAACAUCACCAGAUUGACUUUUUAAAACUACCUAACUUGCAUUGUACAGCUAUUGUGUUCAAGGAUGUUCUCUGGCUCUCAUCUAGAAACAAGUUAUUUGUAAAACUGCAGCUACAGACCUCAGUACCUCAGCGAUACGAUGCUCUGCGUUUACAGACAAUGGUAGAGAAAGCUGAAUCCCAAAGGAUUUCACUGUGUUGUUUAUGUAUUGUUUCUGGUACUGUCUACACGCACAGACAGCUUGACAAAUGUUCACUUUCCACUGUAUUUCACUCUCGGUUUACGUCUGAUGAUGUAUUUGAAAUACACUUUGGACAUUGACUAUGAAGGGUUUUGGUGCUAGUUAAACAAAUUCCACCAUUUGGCAUAGUUUAUUUAACUGGAGUUAUGGAGUUAUACAGUUUUUUUUUUUCUUUCCUGUGACAUUGGAAUGGAAACACACAAUCAUAUUUCAAAAUGUUCUGCUGUUUCACUAAAUAACAUAUAAGAAAAAAUAAAAAUGUUUUUUUUUUAAGUGAUGUAAACCAAAACUGGUUUAUUAUCGUCUAUAAAAGGCACCGAUUUUAAAAGCACAAACUUAUAUUUCUGACUGUUAGUGAAAACAUCAUUUACUAUUGCUGUUUAACUCAAGAUAAUUACUCAGGACACUUGUACAAUAUGUUUUCAUUUGCUCAUAUUUUGUUUAAACAGUCAUGUCUUUUCCCUCUAAAAAACUGACUGUAUUAAUGUCCACACCAGCACUUCAGGUGACACCCAUGAAGCGGUGUCAGGUGUCACAUGGUCCUGGAAUUCAGAGGUUUAUCUGCAUGGUGAAUGAAAAUGAUGUAUGGAGCAUGCAGCAAUCCCAGAUAUGUAUGGGGUUCUUUUUAUGUGUGUAUCAUACAAAUGUGUAUUUAGAUCAGUAUUCUAUCCUUCAGUGCAUUUUUUUGUUAUUAUUUUUUUUUUUCGUUAUUUAAUAGUAGAAACUUUUUUUUUUUUUUUAGCGCAUUGUGUCUCAUGGCUUUGUCUGAUUUUUGUGACUUGGGGGAUGGAGCUUUUUUUGUUAUGAUACACAUUUAUAUACAUACAUUUUUAGCUCCUUUUAGAUACACUGUAUUACUUUGCUCUUAUACUCAGGUUGAAAUAUUUUGUAUUUACUUAUUUGAACACUUUUCUACCAUUUGAAUAAAUAAUUGCAUUUAUAAAGUUGUCAUUUGCACCAUAUUUUCAGUGGAAAGGUAUUACCUCAUUAA